UUCCUUCCCCCCUUGGCUAUAGCCUAUGCUAAAUAUCGUGUUAGUGAAAUACAUUGGGCUUGUAUGUUUUUUCUAUCUAAAAGUGAUUAACAGUGUUCCAGCAAGAGUGGAAAUGCAACAAACAGGUCAAUAAAGUAAACUACAGUAGAACCUCAAAGAUAGCAACACCAGAGUUACGGACUGACUGGUCAACCAGACACCAUGUGAAACCGAAAGGAACCAGUCGGGCAACAGCAGAGCCAAAGAAACAAAAAAAGCAAAUACUGAACUGUGCCUGCAUUGCUUCUUAAAGGAGCGUUCUGUGAGAUGGAAAUUGAUGAGUGUGGUUCCAAUCCAUGUAAACACGGAGGAACAUGCAUUGAUUCCAUAGGCCAUUUUAGUGUACCUGCCUCAUGGGAUUUGAAGGUGAAAAAUGUGAACUGGAUAUCGAUGCCUGCUUAUUCUACAAUAUAAGCUGCACCUCAGAGGAACUGUGUGUGGACAGACCUCAUGGACUUAAUUAUACAUGUUUGUUACCAUGUAUUGAAAAUACAGAGUCAUGUGCAAAUGGAGGUAGCUGCUUCCUUGAUGAAGACAACCAGAGUUCUCAAUGUGUCUGUGCUCCUGGAUGGACUGGGCGAACAUGCCUGGAGAAUAUUAAUGACUGUGAAGAGAACUGGUGCCAGCAUGGAGCCACUUGUGAAGAUGGAAUCAAUGAAUACAGGUGCAUGUGUCCUCUGGGAUACACUGGCUUCUUCUGUGAGCUUGACAUAGAUUACUGCAUUGGAAACCAGUGCUCAAAUCAUAGCUUCUGCCAGGACAACUUGAAUAAUUAUAGCUGUCGCUGCAUGCCUGGAUAUGAAGGACCUUUCUGUGAAGUGGAGAUUAAUGAAUGUUCAAGUUCACCCUGCAAAAAUGGGGCCACCUGUAUGGAUUUAAUUGGCCACUUCUCAUGUCAAUGUGUCGCAGGCUUCAAAGGCAAGUUUUAA